CGCCAGAAAACAGACAUUACCAAAACUAUCAAACUCUGCUAGAAGAAGUAAAACUCUACCGGGAGUAGAAGAAGAGAAUCAGAGACAGAUGGUGUUAUCAACUCUGCUAAACCCACAGCCACCCUCCCAUCUCUUCUCUCUCCUCCCCACCACCACUCUUUCUCUCUCCUCCUCUUCUUCUUCUUCUUCUCUCAAACUCUCCCUCAGAAAGCCACCACCUUUCUCUCUCUCCUCCUCCAUCUCCGACGACUACGUCAUCGGCGACUGCGUCGUCUUCGAAGACGGCGCCUUCGAUGACCCUUAUCUUCUCCACCACGAUGAAGACGGCGAAACCCUAGCCAAGCCGGAGAAUAAGAAGAAGAAAGCUCCGAUUGUUCCGACGGAGAAUCUGGUGCCGGACAAGUGGAGGGAAGUCCAGGCGGAGAUCAACAUCACGAAGAAGGAGCGGCGGAAGAUCGCUCAGGAGUUGGAGUUCGGGACUAGGGUUGAGAAGAAGAGGAGCGGCUUGGCGCCAUUGAAGAAUGUUAAUUUGGAGGAGUAUUUGGCUUUCCGCGAGGCCAAAUUGUCGCAGCUGAAGCCGCUGGUUCUGGAUAAUCCCAAGGGUUUGGGAAAUGGCGAAGAAGGAGGAGGAGAAUUUGGAAAUGGUGAGAAGGAGAAUUCGAGUGGCCGAGUGAGCCCUAGGAAUCCGAGGUGGGCGGUGUACGGAAAGGGUUUCGAUCAUGUUACGGAGUUCUUCAAUGGUGGGAAUUAUGAUCCUGCUGAGAGGAAAUCCGGAGGGCCAAGGAAGUUGUUUACGAAGGAGGAAAAGGUUCUGCUAAAUAAACGAAUAUUUGAUCUGGAAACUGCUGCCUCUGAUAAAUGGCUGCCUCUUCACACUCUAGCUGCAUCAGGAGCUUUUUACCUUGUUGAUACCCUGUUGAAGCAUAAUGUUGAUAUCAAUGCUGUGGAUAAGGAUGGUUGUACUGCUAUUCACAAAGCAAUAAUUGGCAAAAAGCAGGCGAUUACUAACUAUCUUUUGAGGGAAUCAGCAAAUCCAUUUGUUUGUGAUAAAGAUGGGGCAACCUUGAUGCAUUAUGCGGUCCGAACAGCUUCCAUUCAAGCAAUUAAAAUUCUCCUCUUGUAUAAUGUUGAUAUGAACCUUCCAGAUAAUGAUGGUUGGACACCAUUACAUCUCGCUGUUCAAGCUCGAAGAAUAGACGUCAUUAAGCUUUUAUUGAUCAAAGGAGCUGAUAAGACCUUAAAAAACAAGGAUGGUUUGACCCCUCUUGAUCUCUGCCUAUAUUCUGGUCGUGACACACGCACUUAUGAGCUAAUCAAGGUGUUAAAACUGCUUCCAAAGCAACGUUGACUUCUUUGUCAACAAAACCCAAAUCAUCAAAUGCAUAGAGAGCUCGCCAAAGUGGUGUAUAAAAAAUAUGACCAGCCAUCAUGGGUUGUCCAAGUUUUGUAUGUAUAGAUUUGAGAAUUGUAUUUGUUUUUGCCUAUAUGUUGUCGGUUCAUGCAGAUAAAAAUAUUAGUGCCACACAACAUUUGGCAAAUUAGACAACCAUAGGCGGUUGCUUCUAAUUCUUCUGUACUUAUUAAAUUAUUAUUAUAUUUGAAAACUUUUCUUCUUAA